UUAGUAUUUAGUAGAAAAUUUUAGGACAUCGAAUAACAACUCAGAUAAUUUACCAUAGCGGUUAACACUACUAUAACAUACAUUCCGUCGGGAGUGUAAAGCAGGACAUAACAGAUCAAUCAAACGUCCGUCUUUUACAAACAAAUCUUUCACUGUUUCACACCACUUCUCUCUCAAGUCUCAACUCCUGUAGAUCCCAUUCCAAUUUCCCGAUGCCUAAGGAAAGGGAAUUCACAAUCCCCCCGGUUUCCUUCCCAUCAUCAGGUCCAUCGCCGGCUACCAACCCAGGGGGUCCCACCACUACCACUCCUCCAACCAUGCUCCAACAACGCCGUCUCCCAACGGCACCGUUUCAACCCCCUCGUCCUUCUUCUUCCUCCAUCCCUUUCAUGUCCUUCGACAUUGGAUCCGCCGCCACGUCAUCCUCCACAUCAUCCUUCCCACCUCCACACCUCCGAAACGACAUCGCUUCAUCCUCCUCCUCCGGUCUCUUCCUCGACGAACCUCCUCUCCUCGAAGAACUCGAAAUCAACCCCACCUUAAUCUGGCGUAAAACCCGAUCCUUACUCAACCCUAUCCGGGUCGACCCAUCUCUCCACUCCGACCCUGAUCUCUCCGGCCCAUUUCUCUAUUACAUUGCUUUUGGGCUUUUUCAGUUGCUUGCCGGGAAGGUCCAGUUUGGUGUUAUAUUGGGCUGGAUUGCAAUUUCAUCGAUUUUCCUUUACUCCAUCUUGAACUUUCUUGCUGGCAAAAAUGGGAAUUUAGAUCUUUACCGUUGUUUUAGCGUUGUUGGUUAUUGUUUGAUGCCCGUUGUUAUUUACUCUGCUGCUUCCUUGUUUCUACCUCCUACUGGAACAACGGCUGGUUUUGUUGUUGCUGCUGUUUUUGUCAUUUGGGCAACUAGGGUUUCUUCUCGGCUUUUGGCGGUUGAUGAAUUGGGCGCUUCUGAACAUCGUGGCUUGAUUGCUUACCCUUGUUUCUUGAUUUAUUCUCUCUUUUCUAUGCUUGUUAUGUUUUGACCUUUUUUUGGAGAUAUUAUGAUGUUAUUCUGGUGUUGUUGAUGUUCUCGGAUUUUGAUAUUGGAAUACAAGAAUGUAUUAUGUUUUAGUAGUUAAGGAAUUGGUGGAAUUGACAACAGUUUUUUUUAUGUUAGUUUACCCUUUGUGGAUUUUACUUAAUUUUAUCUGAAUAUUAUACAAGUAUGACUUUAGCUUCA